CCACCAGGCCUGCAGCACCCCGGGCACUGAUGAUUGUUUAAGGAACAGUGAGAGCCUAGGAUUCUGCCCCCUGCAGAGUGCCUCUGAUCUAGGGAGAUGGACCCAGGGGUUGCUCCUGGACAAGGCAGAUGAAGGAGCUGCUUGCCUGGAGGACGCAUUGCGGAUGGAAGGAGCAGGAGCUGACAUGAUGAGUGACACGAGUUCUGGAAGCUUGGAGGUGAGCCCUGGCAGCUGGGAGACUUCAUUUGCCACCGUGUCACCUGCAGAGAGCGGCUGCAGCUGGGAGGAUGGUGACACCUGCAGUGAGUGCAGCUACAGCGGGUCAGGCACCAGCGGCUCCUCUUUUGAGGAGCUGGACCUGGAGGGCGAGGUGCUCUUGGAAGAACCACGGCUGGACCCUGAGACUGAGCUCUUGCAGGCUACCAAGUGGCCCUGAGAGCCCAGUACCCUGAGAAGAGCAAGG